GGCAGUGGCCUGCGAACUUCGGGGCAUCUUUACCCCGGAAUUGUCUCUCCGUUCCCAACGAGGCAGGCUGUUGCGGCCAUCUCUAUUCGACCCCGGGUGGAAGUCAAGUCUCCUUGUUUUCCCCACGUUCUCCGCAGCGGCAGGAGCCUGAGGCGCUGUAUCCACCUCCACAUCUUCCCCCGCGUUUUGGAGGGUCUGCCCAUAUGGAGAGAAUAUAAAUUGCUCAACCAAGGCCUGUGAACGACCCGGACAACAACAAGAAUAAAAGCGACGACGACGACGACACUGAAGUAUGGCUGAACACCAAGAAGAUUUGGCCGACCCUCGGUCCACCACGGUGAUCCAAGAGAAAGAUGAGGAGCGAUACAUUACGCCAGAAGAGAUCCUCAAGGGUGCUCAGAAGGCAACGGAUGAUGAACAUGGAAUGGGAUUGCGGGAAGGGAUCCGCAAGUACCCCAUGGCGGUGUUCUGGUCGAUCUGGUUCUCGUCCUCGCUUAUCAUGGAAGGGUUCGACCAUUCCUUUGUCACCGGCUUCAUCGCCUUCCCAGCCUUUCAGCGACGAUACGGCGUGCUCCAGAGCACGGGCGAGUACCAGAUCCCCGCCGAGCUGCAGUCGGCCAUUGGCAAUGGCGUCAAUGCGGGCGAGAUUGUCGGCUUAUUCCUCAACGGCCUCUUUGCCGACUGGUUCGGCUACCGCUGGGUGAUGAUGACCUGUCUCUUCCUGAUGAUGUGCUUCAUCUUCCUGCAAUUCUUCGCGACGAGCAUUUACAUGUACCUCGGGGCGGAGAUCCUCCUGGGGAUUCCCUGGGGCAUCUUCCAGACGCUGACCACCACCUACGCGGCCGAGGUGUGCCCCAACGUCUUGCGACCCUACCUCACGAUGCUGGUCUCGCUCUGCUGGAGUAUCGGCUAUCUUCUCGGCACCAGCGUGCUGCGCGGCUUCCUCUCCAUGUCGAGCGAGUGGGCGUACCGGAUUCCCUUUGCGCUGCAGUGGGUGCUUCCGAUCCCACUCAUGAUCGGCAUCUACCUGGCGCCCGAGUCGCCCUGGUGGCUGGUCCGCAAGGGCCGCGCCGAGGAGGCGGGCGAGACGCUGCGGCGGCUGCGGCGCAAGGACACGCCGGAGGAGGAGAUCGCCGACACGGUGGCGAUGAUGAUGUACACGGUCAAGUUGGAGAACGACAUGCAGUCGUCCAGCUCGUAUCUGGACCUGUUCAAGGGAUAUGACCUGCGGCGCACGGAGAUCACGGUGCUGACGUACCUGAUCCAGGAGCUCUGUGCGCCGCUGGUGGCGUACAUUGUGUACUUUUUGGAGCAGGCGGGCCUGCCCUCGACCUCGUCGUUUGAUUUUGGGAUGGGCGAGUAUGCCCUGGCGAUUGUCGGGGUCUUCAUUGCGUGGUACCUGGUGCCGAAGGUCGGGCGGCGCACACUGCUGCUGUCCGGCACGCUGUUCAUGACGGCGACGACCUUCCUGAUUGGCUUCCUGGGCAUCCCGGACACGACGACGCACGCGGGGAUUGCGUAUGCGAUCGGCAGCAUCCUACUGAUCGAGUACUUUGUCUUCUUCAUCACAAUCGGCCCCAUCAUCUACACGAUCGUGACGGAGAUCCCGUCGAAUUUCCUGCGGACCAAGAGCGUCGUGCUGGCCCGGGCAACGUACAACGUCGCGGUGCUGAUCUUUGGGCAGCUGGUGCCGCACAUGGUGCAGACGACGGCGUGGAACUGGGGGGCCAAGGCGGGCUUCUUCUACGGCGGGCUGAUGGGCCUCGGUCUCAUCUGGGCGUAUUUCCGCGUACCAGAGACGAAGAACCGCACGUUUGCCGAGAUGGACAUCCUGUUCAAGAACCGCGUUGCAGCCCGGGAUUUCAGCACGACCAAGGUUGAUCUCGCGACGGAGUCGGUGGUGGAUCAUUAGUUGUUGUAUUUAUCGGUAAUCACCAUAUUUCUUCCCAU